AUGACAGAGGAACUCACAAUUCUAGAGCUCCUUAUUAUCUCUCAUUUGGUAGAACAAAUUGGAUUAUCAAGUAACACGAAUAAUACUAAAAAGGAAAGGAAAAUAACGCUUUAUAGUCAUUUCAAGGUCAAAAUUUCAAAUGAAAAGAACAAACAAAUAGAAUUGUGGCUUAAUGAUCUUAUAUUGUCGUAUGAAAAUUGA